UUUCGAACUCAAGCCUUAGAAUGAAUUAUGGGUGGGAGGGUGGAGAGGUAUUUCUAGUGGCUUCUCCUCCUUCCUGCUUUUGUCCACAGGCUUUGAGAAAACCACUUUUAAAAAACGAUGGUGUCUCCUGGCUUUGCCUGAUGGUGGCGCCCCUGACCAAGAAGCAAGCCUGUGGAGUUGCAGUAUGUUCGAGAGACAGGCAGUUCUUUUGCAAGAAACCACUGGAGCACUCUGUGAACCAACCAGUCCAGUCCAAGGAGGUGAUUGCCCAAUUUGAUGGCUCAGACUGGAUACCCUGAAGCCAAUAUCUUUCCACAAAACCACUCUGUCUGCUUCAAGAGAGCCCAGCUCCUGCUGCCUCGGUCAUCCAGUGUCGUGGAUCUGGCUGCCCGCUUGCCCAGAAAGGCUGCUGGUUCUUCCUGCCCAUUUGCCAGCCUUCUUAAAGUGACUCACCCAGACUACAGGAGUCUAGAUGAGGGCUGAACAGCUCAGAAUAUACUGGGGAUAGUCCAUCCCUCGACAUUUGCCUGCUUUGCUGCAUCAUCACACAGCUAUUUAUCUUAUGAUCAUCAUUCAUCCCAGGAUCCUUUUCACACAUACUGCUACUCAGCCAAGGAUCCCUCAUGCCGUAAGUAUGCAUUUGGCUUUUGUGGCCAAUAUGUAGAAUUUUGCAUUUGUCUCUGUUGAACUCUAGUCUUGAGUUCUCACCCAGCUUGUAAUGGUCUGGUACCUACACAUGGCAAGAGGAAAUAGGGCUGGAUGUCCCCAGCAAACUGUGGAUCCCUCACCUCAGGCCCCCAGUGAUCUCUCCCAAAGGAUUUCUAUAAAUGUUCAAAUGGCAGAGAGACUGGAUGGCACCUUCUGGGAUGCCACUCAUGCGAGGGAAUUCUCAUUUCUGGAAAUCAUCCUGCAUGUAGGGUUGGAAUCACCAUUCAACCAGCUCCACGGCUGGAUGGAAUCGAAAGCCACCAAGAGGAGGCCAGGAUGUCCUUGGUGAUUUCAUUUACAUAAAUAACAUAAAACCAAGCAAAUGAGGAAACUUGGUGGCUGAGUCUGUUAACUUAGAAACUGAAACUCAGCUAGAAUUCUGACUCAGCUUGAGGUGGGAAAUGGGACUGGGAGGGAGGACAGAAUCAUGCCAUCAGAGUUUGGAAGAACUGAUGAGUCAAUGGGGCUGCCCCCUCCCCCCCAUUGCCUGUCAUUCACUUGUACAGAGGUUGGCAGGCAGGGAGGAAUCUGGACAGAGACCCCCCACCCCUCUAAGAGAGGCAGCACUUCCUCAGCCCUUGUGGUUAUGUUCUGCCCAUUUCAUGAUGUGCCCAUUAAAGACACACACAGCAGAAAAAGCACAUGAAAGCCCCCCUCCCCACAUGAGAAGGGGCAGCGCAAUGUCUCAAGAGCACAGGUGGGCAGAAGCUUCAGCUGGGCAUUGAUGGGAAGUUUGUGGUACAAUGGGCAGCGUUCCUAUGACUCCCAAUUGUCAACAUUUCCUUGCUAAAAAUAGAAGAUUUGAGGAAGGUCCAAGGGCAUCUCAGUGGACUGGCAUAGUGGCUCAGCUACCUCUGAUGUCACUGCUGCUUCUGUAGCUCUUCUAGCCUUGCCAAGGGCUUUUUCAUAUUGUGUUCUCUGUCAGCACAUCAGUCCUUUGAUGCUGAGUGCUAUUAUCCCUGUUGAUGAGAUGGCGGCCCUUCCCAGGUGGUCAUCUUUCCUGCCUGCCAGCAGAGACAUGUAAAGAAGUGCUUCUGCUUCUCUGCAGUUGCUUGGGAUGGGAGAAUGGAGUAGAGCAUCUCCCUUAGCUUCUGGCUCCACAUCCCUGGUGCCCCCUCUCAACAUGGAAGGGCCUGAGAAGCCUGGCAUGAGCCAGAGCAUUUCUAGGGAAAGUGUGAAGUGGGCAAGGAGAGGCAUUGGGUGCCUGUUCCUGCCCCAGUGGGUGAACUGGAAGGAGCGAUGCCACCACCAAGAGGGCACUGCUCAGUGGCCGUGUUAAUAAAAUAAAGUAAGAUAGAGAGUGGCCGUGAAGAUCAGCCAGGGAUCUCGCUUUCGGCCUUCUUCCAGGGGCGCUUUCUGCUCCUUCCAUGAUGCUCAUCCUCCCACAAAUGUCUUCCAGAUGUGAUUAUUCUCUGGCGUCUGGAGGGGAGGGGGACUCCUUCUGUGAUCCUUCUGCAUGUGCUGUGCGUGUGGCUGGAGUUGUGGGGCUAUGUUUUAAGGCCCAGCAGGAGGCCCAAGCAUGUAUGCUGGGAUGCGUGAUGGAAUAAGCACAGUGUGAGUGUCCUGGCCAGAGGCGGCAUCCAUGGCAGCACCAGCAUCAUCUUCCUGCCUGGUGACCACCUUGGCACAUUUACUCUCCCUUGCUGUCAGGCCGUGUGCCAUCCUCACAGGUCCGUCCGUCCCUUGCUGGGCCAGCAGACCAAGAGUUAAGCUAGCAAAGGAUCAGUGUGGGCCUGGCGACAGACAGACUUCCUUUGGAGCUUUGGAAGGAGCCCGCUUUCCUUGUGACCGAUCGGGAGGGAGGGAGGAAAAAAAAGGAAGGAAGGAAGGAAAGAAAGAAAGAAAGAAAGAAAGAAAGAGGGAGGAGGAGGGAGAGCCCUAACGGAGGAGGAAAGAGUCCGAGGCGGAAGGGAGAGACCCGGCCUGGCUGGGAAUAAACCAGCCCCCAUCACAGCCUGGGAAUGGGGCCGGAAAGAGAGGACACCCAGUGCCCCAUUUGCAAUCAUCCAACGGGGCAAGGGAAGGGGAGCAGCAGCAGCAGCCUCCGCUCACCUCUCAGCUGUUUAAUAAUUGACUAGCCAAGCCAGGCUAAUAAAUCUCCAGAGCCAGCAUAUUAAAGGCCAGUGGUUUCUCAGACAGCCUUCUUACCGCAGAACCCCCUCCUCCCUGGCCGGCACCUGCUUCAGCCAUGGCCAAAGGCUUUUUCAUCAGCAAGACUCUGGGCCUGGUGGGCAUCGUCCUGGGAUUGGCCGCUGUGGCCACAAUCAUUGCCCUUUCAGUGGUCUACUCACAGGAGAAGCAGAAGAAUGUUUCCGUCUCCAAUGCAGCCACCACCGCUAGCCCCACGGCAGCUACUACCAGCCCCACAACGGCAGCUACUACCAGCCCCACAACUGCUGCUACCACCAGCAUCCCUGGCACAGUGCCAGGCACAAACACUGCCACCACCAUGGCUGAGCCAAAUAACCCCUGGAACCAGCUGCGGUUGCCCAAGACCCUGGCGCCCAAGAACUACACAGUCAGCCUGCGGCCCUUCCUGACUCCAGAUGACCGGGGCCUCUACGUCUUCCAUGGGAACAGCACUGUCCAGUUUGUGUGCCUGGAGCCCACGGACCUAAUCCUCAUCCACAGUAAAAAGCUCAACUAUACCAGCCAGGGGGAAUUCCUCGUCUCCUUGAGUGGCGUGGACGGUGCCACGGCACCCCUCAUCGCGCAGACGUGGAUCCAGGAGGACACUGAGUACCUGGUUGUGCAGCUCAGGGAUCCCCUCGAGCAGAACAAGUCUUACGAGCUGCACAGCAUCUUUGUGGGGGAACUGGCAGAUGACCUGGCCGGCUUCUACCGCAGCGAGUAUCAGGAGGAUGGCACUACCAAGGUAGUGGCCACGACACAGAUGCAAGCGGCUGAUGCCCGGAAGGCCUUCCCCUGCUUUGAUGAACCUGCCAUGAAGGCCAACUUCUCUGUGGUCCUGAUCCACUUGUCUGACCACGUGGCACUGUCCAAUAUGCCCGUCCAAACUACUGAGCAGAUGACACUGGAGGACGGGAAGUCCUGGAACAGGACCACUUUCCAGCCCACCCUCAAAAUGUCCACCUACCUGCUUGCUUUCAUUGUCAGCCAGUUUGACUAUGUGGAUGCCAACCAGAAUGGGACACUGAUCCGGAUCUGGGGCCGCCCUAAAGCCAUCGUGGAAGGCCAAGGCGGCUAUGCCCUCAAUGUCACGGGACCCAUCCUCAGCUUUUUUGAGAGACACUACAACACACCGUACCCCUUGAGCAAAUCAGACCAGGUUGCCCUCCCAGAUUUUAACGCUGGAGCCAUGGAGAACUGGGGGCUGGUGACGUACCGCGAGAACUCUCUGCUCUUUGACCAAAACUUUUCCUCCAUCGGCAACAAGGAGCGGGUGGUGACAGUCAUCGCUCAUGAACUCGCCCACCAGUGGUUUGGGAACCUGGUGACUCUCCGCUGGUGGAAUGAUCUGUGGCUGAAUGAGGGCUUUGCAUCCUACGUGGAAUAUCUUGGGGCCGAUGCUGCCGAGCCUCAGUGGAAUAUUAAAGACCUGAUGGUAACCAACGACAUGUACCGCGUGAUGGCCAUUGAUGCCCUGGCCUCUUCCCAUCCACUCUCCUUCCGCGAAGAGGAGAUCAACACUCCGGCUCAAAUCAGUGAAGUCUUUGACGCUAUUGCCUACAGCAAGGGAGCAUCUGUGCUGCGUAUGCUGUCCGAAUUCCUCACAGAGGAGCGCUUCAAGAGGGGGCUGCAGUCAUAUCUCCAUGCCUAUGCGUACGGAAACACUGUCUAUGACAACCUCUGGGAACACCUGCAGAAGGUGGUAGAUGAGGAUGCAUUUGUUCUCCCUGGCACUGUCAAGACCAUCAUGGACCGCUGGACCUUGCAGAUGGGCUUCCCGGUGCUGACCUUGAACACCUUGACUGGGGAGCUCACCCAACAGCACUUCCUGCUGGCCGACACGCCUGUCCAGCGGCCCUCCGAUUUCAACUACACCUGGAUCGUUCCUGUCUCCUGGCUGAACUCUGAUGGUGCAGGCGGCAUGUACUGGCUCACGGAAACAACAGCAAAUGUAGCCGACUUUGCUACAACUGCUGACCCAGGCAAGUGGCUGCUGCUCAACCUCAAUGUCACCAGCUAUUUCCGGGUGAACUAUGACCAGGAAAACUGGAACCGGCUGAUGGAGCGGCUGAGUCUCAGCCACCAGGACAUCCCUGUUAUCAACCGGGCUCAGCUUAUCGACGAUGCCUUCAACCUUGCCAGAGCGAAGCACACUAGCACCAUCUUGGCCCUCAAUACGACGCGCUACCUGGCCAAAGAGACGGACUACUUGCCCUGGGAUGCUGCCCUCAGCAACUUGGGCUACUUCAGGCUCAUGUUUGACCGUUCAGAGGUCUAUGGGCCCAUGAAGAAAUAUGUCCAGAAACAGAUCACCCCUCUGUUCAGUUACUUCAAAAACGUCACCUCUAACUGGACCACCAUCCCCGAUGGCCUCAUGGACCAGUACAAUGAGAUCCUGGCCAUCAGCACGGCCUGUUCCUACGGGGUCCCAGAGUGCCAGGCCCUGGCCACAGACCUGUUCAGCACCUGGAAGGCAAACCCUGCUGUGAACCCGAUCCCACCCAACCUUCGUUCCAGCAUCUACUGCAGUGCCAUCCGAACGGGGGGCGAAGAGGCCUGGGACUUUGCCUGGCAAAUGUUCCGGAACGCCACAGUGGUCUCUGAGGCAGACAAGCUCCGUUCUGCAUUGGCCUGUAGCCUGGAGCCCUGGAUCCUUCAGAGAUACCUUCAGUACUCGCUGAGUGACAUGAUCCGCCGGCAAGACGCCACCUCCACCAUCAACAGCAUCGCUGGCAAUGUGGUUGGGCAGAGCCUGGUGUGGGACUUUGUCCGUGCCAACUGGAAGACCCUCUUCAACCAGUACGGCGGAGGCUCUUUCUCCUUUGCCGGCCUCAUCCAGACUGUGACGCAGAGGUUUGCAUCUGAAUUUGAACUCCAGCAGCUGGAGCAGUUCAAGGCGGACAAUGCGGAUGUGGGCUUUGGCUCGGGAACACGGGCGCUGGAGCAGGCCCUGGAGAAGACCAAGGCCAACAUCCAGUGGGUAGCGGAGAAUAAGGGGCCGGUGAAGGUGUGGUUUGAGGCGGAGGGCUAGUAGGGAGGGGGCAAUCCCUGCAGACCCCUCUCUUUCUUUCUGCCUCUCUGUGAGUGGGGGGCACUCUGUAGCUGGAGGGGUGUCUUGAGACAUGCUUUGCAGGGCCCAGCUCACGGAAGGCGCCUCUUUAGCAGCAGCCACCACCUCUGCACCCCAAAGGCUUUGCACUGGCCUCAGGCACCCUCCUCUCUCUUGCUCCCUGCUUCCUGCCUUGCACCUGCCCUCUUCCCUCCCAGGGAGGCUGGCAGCCUCUUGGUUGUGGGGCACAGCUGCUUCCUCACCUGCGCCGGCCCCCUCUCUGCUUCCAGGAUGCCAUGCGCUGUGGAGGGCCUUUUCUCUGCCCGUUUCGGUGAUUGUCUCAGGGGUCCAGGGAAGGGGGAUGGAUGGACUCUCCCCCACCAUUGUGAUAUUUCCCACCCACCCCAAACCAUCCAGAAACUGCCAUGUAAUUUUGCCCAACUUUGUAAAUUAAAG